AUGGAACAACCCAUCACAAGAAGACCUCUCAAAAGGGAGGAAAUAAAAAGGGUCGGACUUACCUUCCACUGCCCCGAAAGGGUGGACCGCAUCGAAAGGAUGUGUAAGAAUGCCAACUACGAGAACAUAAUGUUAACCUUAGAUUACACAAUACCUGUAUUCGACUUUAUUCUUGUAUUUCGUCACCGCAUACCAAAAGUUAACGUUAAACUCGGAGAUGGGUGGAUCGGAAAAAAUGCCGAAAUCCGUAGUCUAAGAUCCGACAACGGCGGAGAGCCGUACGGUAUUUUAGUCAUCCUUAAUAUUUCCGAUCUCACACCCGACAUACGCAGGUGCUGGAUCAAAAACCUGAAAAACACGGAAAACACGAUCCUCUUAGGUGAGGUCGAAGACAUACUAUGUGAGGAGGAAGGUCUCAGCGACGAGGAUUUGCGUACGAUAAGAAGGCAGCUGAACGAAAUGGGAAAGACCCUGCUGAAAAGACCGAUUAAGGUUACCAGGUAGUGACCAGACAAAAUCAACAACCUAUCUAUAGGCAAGGCUUCCUACAUAUAAACAGAAGAAGCCAUGUCCAUAAUUAUAAAGGGGGAAGCUGUUAGGAUGUACUUUGAUCGUCCUGCCAUAAUGGACUCCGUCAAGGAGAUGCUAAGUCAUGCCAAUUACAAGGACAUAAUAUUUAUCGUGGAAGACGUACUACAUCAUGGUCACAGCCUAAAAAUUGUAAGACACAGGAUUAAACUAGGAAGCGGAUGGAUGGGAAAGGGCUACAAAAUAAACUGGAUAUAUGGCACCUGGGGAUUGAAAGGUAUCGACAUAACCAUUAGAAUGUCCAAAUACACACGUAGGACUAGCAUCGGACAGUGUACCGUCGGAACCCUCAAAAACAGGAUUUCCCUGGGUGAUCCCAUCACGGUAAUCCAUGGACAUGGAAGAUGUCCGUGGAUAUCCAUGGAGCACUAUAUGACGAGGGAGUACGACAUAGAACAAUUAAACGUUAACGAUGAGCGAAACGAAGUAAACCGUAUCGGAAGUGAAAUGCAAAUGGAACAGGAGACGGAGGAAGUCCCUUGGAAUAAGAUUGAUUAG